AUGCCUCCUGCCCGAGCACGUAACGUCGACGACUCGAGAUCGGAGACUUCAAGCACCAUCACAAACCAGAAAGAGAAGUCUGCACUUGGUCCCACCAGUGGAUCGGGCGUGUCGAAAGGGAAGAAGUCGGUUCCGGGAGGACACAACGGUGCCAGCGUUGGAUCCAAAGCCACUGUGACCGGGAAUGGCUCUACUGCUGCUCCCGCAGCCGCACCACCAGCAGUGGAGGCCGACAAAGAUCCAAGUCUGCCUCGGACUGAAUGGGAUACAAUGCCAGUCGCCGUCCUGCGCACGUACCGCAUCGCCCACCGCCUCCCCGUCCCCGCCGCGUUCAACCAACCUCACGCCGAGCUAGCCUACAAGUCAUCUGACGUUGGACAGCGCGCCCCCUCGGUAGUUUAUUACAGACGCAAGCUGCACGAACAGCACCUUCAACGGCGCAGAGCUCGCCAGACGCAGCAGCAGCAGCAGCAGCAGCAACAGACGAACGGGACCGGAAAGACUCACGGUAGCAAGUCCAAAGAGAAAGGCAAGUUGAAAGACACGUCCAUGACAGACGGGUCUUCGAACACCUCGUUGGCAAUAGCCCAAUCUAUCGAACCGCCUGACCCCGGUCACCCGGCCUCUGAACGGGAUGCGUCAUCCGUCUCCUCGGGCCCUUGGACUUACCUCGGCCCCAAUCAACCGGUUUCGAAUCUGGCGGCUGCUGUGCGCAAACACUUCAACGCCCAACAGCUGAUUGGAGGUGAAGCCGAUACGAUCGCGAGGUUUAUCUACGUGGUACAGCAGAAUGGGAGUUCUCGCCAAGUGAGAACGGAGGGGUCCGAGGGUGAUGGCUCGGGAUACUGGAUGGGAGGCAACGGCAGGGAGCAAAGGAGGGUUGACGGGCCCGGGGGCGAGGUCGGAUUCAGGCUGAGAUUCAGGCCGUAA